CGUGACAAAAUCAACGAAACCGGCUGAGCGGGCCAACAGUUGUCCGCGAAGCCUUCAACGUGCUGGAACCGAUAGAGACUGCCGCCCGAGAGCCACUAAAAUCCGUAAUCGCACUGAUUUAGAAGCGUCCAAUUUGCACAGCGUUAAUUAUCAGCGGCAGCGACAACACGAUGACCAAUCUGGCUCCCACCAUCCGGCUGAAUAAUGGGCGCGAGAUGCCGAUCUUGGGCCUGGGCACCUGGAAGUCCUUCGAGUCCGACGCCUACCACUCCACGCGCCACGCCCUCGACGUGGGCUACCGGCACCUGGACACCGCCUUCGUCUACGAGAACGAGGCGGAGGUGGGCCAGGCGAUCGCCGAGAAGAUCGCCGAGGGAGUGGUGACCCGCGAGCAGGUCUUUGUGACCACCAAGCUGGGCGGGAUCCACCACGAUACGGGACUGGUGGAGCGCGCAUGCCGCCUCAGCCUGAACAACCUGGGUCUGGAGUACGUGGACCUCUACCUGAUGCACAUGCCGGUGGGCCAGAAGUUUCACAACGACAGCAACGUGCACGGCACCCUGGAGCUGACGGAUGUGGACUACCUGGACACCUGGCGCGAGAUGGAGAAACUGGUGGACCUGGGCCUGACGCGCAGCAUCGGCCUGUCCAACUUCAAUGCCGCACAAACGGAGCGCGUGCUGGCCAACUGCCGCAUCCGCCCGGUGGUGAACCAGGUGGAGUGCCACCCUGGGUUCCAGCAGCGCCAGCUCCGAGAGCAUGCAAAGCGCCACGGACUGGUCAUCUGCGCCUACUGCCCCCUGGCCCGCCCACAGCCCUCUCGCCAGUGGCCGCCCUUCCUCUACGACGAGCACGCCCAGCAGCUGGCCAAGAAGUACGGCCGGACCACGGCCCAGAUCUGCCUGCGGUAUCUGGUCCAGCUGGGCGUGGUGCCGCUGCCCAAAUCCUCGAACAAGGCCCGCAUUGAGGAGAACUUUAAGGUGUUCGACUUCGAGCUGAGUCCGGAGGAUGUCGCCGGCAUGGAGCAGUAUCACACGGGGCAGCGCACGGUGCCCUUCUCCGGCAUGGCCGGACAUAAGUACUAUCCAUUCCACGAUGAGUUUUAGACGUUAACAGGGGUGUCCCAAAGGCAUCGGACGGUGUCGGUCCCCUUCCCUUGGAAUGUAACCGAAAAAUCCAUUGGUGUUCAGGAAUUUUUAGUUUUUCAUGUGUUUUUCGAUCAUAAUUUCCCAGAACUUAUGGGUCAUUUUUUCAAAACCCACUCCUGGGUUGUUUUUGAACCGUUUUCCAAGUUGAGGUAGCUUGGGGAGACACCAUUAUUUUAAUAUUUAACUGAAAGAGAUUUGUCAGACACCCCCGCUUAUGUAGUAUUUGUAUUGUAAAAUAAAGUAUAUUACGAAGAAAA